GAACCAAGUAUAAUGCCUUAAUUCUAAUCACCAGUCCACAACCAACAGAAACCCUAAAACACAAUGGCCUCCAACACUCUCCGCAUGGAUCCCAAGAUGGAUCCCCGCAUGGAAACCCUCCGGAAGAUAAGCUCCCAGCGACUUCCCCCGCCAGUUCUGUUCCAAGGUCCCCCCUCCCACAAUGCCUCCAACAUCUCAAUCCCGCCGCCCCCGGCAUCCGUCGGCGUCAGUACCGGUGGUCGGACAGGGCCGGGGCCUGGACCAGGCCGCGGAGGCAGUCAAUCGCCGCCGCUGCAUCGGAAUCGGUCCGCCCGCGGCGGCCUCGAGACCUCUGGCGGCACCUUUGGCUCCCCCUUCCUCACUCGCAAGCAAUCCAAGGGGGAUAUCGACGGCUCCGAUGCGAUUUGGCAAGAGAUGCAGAGCGCGCUCUCGGAGGUGGAGCUGAGUGCCACCACGGGCGAGCAUGUGUUCGGGGAGAAACAUUCUGAGGCCUUGGAGGAUCUUCGGACCAAGCAGCUUAAGCUCGCGCAGGCGUGGGCACGCAGCGAGGCCGCCGAUGACAAGGCCGUCGAUGCGAAAGAGGCCGGUCCGCCGGCCAAGGGAGCUGCUGCUGCUGCUGCUGCUGCUGCCACGCAGGGCCAGGGGGCGCGGGGCGUUGCUGGCCCUGGCAUCUCCGGGGAGCCGGCUUCCGUGGAGGAUGGGGGCGCGGCUCGGAAUCUGGAUGAGGAGACGGAGAAGGAUAUUCUUCUUGCGCGCGAGAGACGCGAGGCUAACGAUCGGUACUUUGAUCGUGUGAAUAACGGCGUUCUGGAUGUUGUGGCUAAGUUGGAGGAGGUCGCCCAGGCUAUGCGUGCUGUGGAGCGGGAGAGUCAGGAUAUCUGGAGCGAUACUGAUAGCGUGAGCACGGCGACAGAGACUACAGCAGAUGCGGGCUGAACAAGCAGAUGCGGGCUCGCACUCGAAUCUCGUCCCCGAUAUGAUCAUCUCUGGCAAGAGAUCAGCUGGUAUGACCUUUUCGCCUGCAGGUGGGUUUCAUGCUAGCUCACCAGGCAUACGGACCUGGAACGGGCACUGCUGGGACUGGAGCUUGAGGGUUCAAGCCAGAUGCCACUGCGCGCGGAGGGCAAUAUCCGGCCUUCGCCGCGUCUAUCUAUACUAAUGCCGAUAGUCUGUCUACACCAGACACUCUGUCAUAUCAAAAC